AUGUUUGAAAGCAGUCCUGGAGGCAACCUCGGUUGGGAGCCGGACAUUAAGUUGACUAAGGAGAUGCUAAUGAUAAUGGGAGGCACAACUGACAGUCCCGCCUUCCAGUGGUUCGAGCAACUGUCGGUUCGCGCCUUCCUUGCUCUGCGACCUUACCGCGAGGCGAUUGUUGCGCUGGUCUCAGCCAUGCUGGAUUCUGGAUUGCCCUGUUUCCGCGGGCAGACAAUCAAGCUGUUGCGUCAACGCUUCAUGCCGAGCCUCUCGGACCGGGACGCUGGCACUGCCUACAUCCGUCUGGUGCGCGCCUGUGUGGACCACUGGCGCGCCAAGUCCUACGACAUGCUGCAAUACUACCAAAAUCAAAUUCCCUGUUAG